AUGUUGGACAACCCUCCCCGCGUCUUAUUCUUCGACACGUUCGGCACUGUGGUCGAGUGGCGGUCAUGUGUCACAAAGGCGCUGAGCGAUGCAGCUCAUCAUGCACUCCAAGAUCCAGACAGGGAUCUCCCAGCAGAUGUACGCCAGCGUGCAGCUACGCUGAGCCAGUCAGAUUGGCUUGCUUUCGCCGAGGAGUGGCGUUUAUCUUACAAGCUCUUUACACACGGCUUUGAUUCUUCUAAGGAUUUUGUGUCGGUAGAUCAACACCAUUACCGCGCACUCCAGGACCUUCUGGAGCAACGAGGAAUCCGAAAGUUGUUUAAAGACAGCGAGCUAUGGGAACUCACUUUGUGCUGGCACCGGCUCACUCCUUGGCCUGAUAGUGUUGCCGGACUGGACCUGCUGAACACAAAAUUCAUCACGUCGACACUGUCAAAUGGAAAUGAAUCCUUACUCCAGGACUUGAAGCAGCAUGGAAACCUGCCUUUUACCCGAAUUGUUGGCGCGGAGAACUUCGGAGCUUACAAGCCGUCACCAAGUGUCUAUCACGGCGCAGCGAAACUUCUCGACCGCGAUUCAACCCAGUGCACCAUGGUGGCGGCACAUCUCGGUGACCUGGAAGCAGCUAGAGACUGUGGCUUCCAAACUAUCUACGUUGAGCGUGAAUUGGAGGAGUCUUGGUCUGCUGACCGCAUUGCGCAAGCCAAAGAAGAGGGCUGGGUCGACAUUUGGGUAGGGUUGGAGGACAGUGGAUUUAUGGAAGUUGCUCGAAAACUGGGCGUUGAGGGUAAAUAG